UUGAGCUCUCAUCAGAGGAAGGCCCGAGAGCUGCCAAUGCGCGACUUGGGCGAACUCUAGUUCUCCCAAUCGGUGCGACGCGCUGGCAAUUCAAACUGACAGCCGGAAAAAGCGGAAGAAGGAGCAAAAAACGACGUGUUCCAUGACAGACUACAGCUCCGAAAGAACCUAAAAAGCGACCCUGCUCCACUUCACCAGCACCACCGCUCACUCAGGAGCAGCCGCUGUGGGAGACACCUGAGGGGACCGCGAGGGAGAACUGAGGGAGGGAGGACGCGAGAGACGGCGCGAGCGCCAGCACGCUGAGGGCCAGGGGGGCUGGGAGCCGAGCUUGCGGCCAAGCAGUGCUGAGAGUCGCGGAAGAACGGAGGAUUGAGGAGAGCCAGAGUCCUCCCGGUGGAAAAGCUGAAGGGUUCUGAACCCUAGGAAGAGGUGGCGUGGGGGCAGAGGGAGGAAUUGGAGAGCUCCGCAGGAGUGGCUUAGGCUGGGAGAGGGACGUGGUUAGAGAGAAGCUUUAAAUAAAAGAGACUACUGGAGAAGCCUGAGGGAAUUGCUGAAGGGGCGGGGGCUAAAGAGGAGAGGAUCCUCGCAGACCGCAGAAAGGGAAAGCUGAUGACAAAGUUUCCCUGCAAACCCCACUCACCUCCUCCCCACCUCUAACGCCUCUCCCUUCUCCGAAAGUUAAAAGGAAGCCAAAUUGUUGCCCCCACCCCCAUUCCCAAUCAAUAAAUAUUUCUUCUAUCCUUCCACUGGGAAAACAGGAAAGGACUCUUUUCCUUCCCAAUUUUAGGACUUAUAAGAACUCGUGACUUGGUCUUUAGACUAGGGGGCUCAAAGUAGGAAGGCUAUUGCUCUUAUUUCCUUUUUCAAAACCCCGCACCUCAUCCUUCGUGGGACGCUAUGUCUACAAGCAGUUGUAGUUUCAAGGACCGAUGCGUGUCCAUCCUGUGUUGCAAAUUCUGUAAACAAGUGCUCAGCUCUAGGGGCAUGAAGGCUGUUUUGCUGGCUGAUACUGACAUAGACCUUUUCUCUACAGACAUCCCUCCUACCAAUGCAGUGGACUUCAUUGGACGAUGCUAUUUCACCGAAAUCUGCAAAUGUAAACUUAAGGACAUCGCAUGUUUAAAAUGUGGGAACAUUGUAGGUUAUCAUGUGAUUGUUCCAUGUAAUUCCUGCCUUCUUUCCUGCAACAACGGACACUUCUGGAUGUUUCACAGCCAGGCAGUUUAUGAUAUAAACAGACUUGACUCCACUGGUGUAAACUUCCUGCUUUGGGGCAAUUUGCCAGAGAUAGAAGAGAGUACAGAUGAAGAUGUGUUAGAUAUCUCAGCAGAGGAAUGUAUUCGAUGAAUGGAAUUAUGACAUAUGUGUAAUAUUUUUUUCAUAUUUAAAAUAUGUUAAUGGAUCAACUUUAAAACUGUGGUGAGGAUUUACUACUGAUUUUCUCUCUUCCUCCCUUUCUUUCUUCUCUUUUAAAACAAAAAGGGGCAUUUGUUGAUUUAUUUAUUCGCUGUCUCAAAUUAAUUACCUCAGUUUAAUUUAAGCCAAUGAAGUUAUUCUUUCCUUCUACUUUUACUUCUUCCUCUCCUCUACUACUUCUGUCUGGUAUAAGUGUAUUCUUAAUUUCAGAUAAAAUAUUCUUUUUACAUGUCACUCAGCUACCUCCCGAUCUAAAGAAGUUUUUCUUACAGCUUGAUGUCAGAUAUCAUUGAUUUUUACAUUCUUGACUAAAGGGCAUUAGUAUCCACUCAUUUCAAAUACACAUGUAUCAGACUCAUCUAAGUAUUAAGAGGGAGUUAAAAAAAAAAGCAAGCUAUUAGGUUUCCAUGGGUACUGGUUAGCAUAUGUGAUAACUGUUUUAAUGUGAAGAAAAACUUAUGAAUCAGCUUAUAGAAUAAAUUAAAACUUUAAAAUAUAUGGAAAAAUCCUUUUGAUCUGUUGGCAUGUUGUUAGAUAAAUGAGUUUUAAAAAAAAUUAUCAAUAUAUACUGUUUACUGAUGUUAUUUAUUUACAUUCUCCUAAAGCCAUUAUGGAUAUUGUAUUAUGAAAGCCAGAUAAACUGAACCUUAGUCUUUAUGUUUUCCUAUUCCCUAGGGAUUUUUCUAUGAAUAGCAAAUUUUACAUGAGUAGUGUUUUUCCAAACCCUAAUAUGGAAAGAAGCUUAAGCCACCAUGUAUUAUAAAGAAUUUUUUUUCAUUGUUUGUUGUUUUUAAAAAUUGUAUUCAGAGCCACACAGAAAUAGGAAACUGGGAUAAUGUGGAUUCUGGUUUUAUGUAAAGCUAAAAUCAAUGUGUCUCCUUAACUAAUAUCUUAGUUGCAGGUAUUUUGUCAAUAAUGGUACCAAAGAAGACUUAAUUGGAGUUUUGUAAAUAAAGUUGGUUCUAAAAAU